AUGAGAAAUAUGACUCAUAAAAUAUUAUUUUAUGGUCAAAGAAAUAGUAAUCAAUUUGAAAAAAUUGAACAAUUUUGCAAACCAUUAAUAUUAUCUGACGAUCAAUUAAGACGUGUAAUGCAAGAAAUGCAUCAUAAAAUGGAGAAAGGAUUAAGUGAUCAACCUGACGUGAAAUCAUGUUUGAAAAUGCUACCAUCAUUUGUACGAGCUAUACCAAAUGGUACCGAAAAAGGUUUUAGCGCAAGUGGCGUACAAGGUAAAGAUGUCGUUCAAUUCUUACGUGAUGCGUGUAACCGACGUAAAGAUAUAGAUAUAGACAUUGAAGCAUUACUAAAUGAUACAGUUGGUACCUUAAUGGCAUGCGCAUUCAAAGAAAAUACCUGUCAAAUUGGUGUAAUUCUUGGAACUGAUUUCAUUCGAACAAUUUAUGAUUCACAGGUGGAUGAACGAACAAUUAAUCCAGGUUUUCAUAUAUUUGAAAAAAUGAUCUCUGGAAUGUAUAUGGGUGAAUUGAAAACAAUGCAAAUUUUGGAAGAUAUUGGUGUGGAAAAUAUUACAAUUCAAGAUUGUGAAAUUGUUGCUUAUGUUUGUUCAGUGAUUAGUACAAGAGCAGCACAUCUUACAGCAGCUGGAAUUACCUGUUUAUUGAAUCGUUUACAGAAACCAUAUGUUACAGUUGGCAUUGAUGGAUCAUUAUUUCGUUUUCAUCCACAUUUUGCUAGAAUUAUGGAUCAAAAAAUUGAUCAAUUAUUGCCAAAAAAUUUAGAAUAUCAAUUAAUGUUAUCGGAAGAUGGAAGUGGACGUGGUGCAGCAUUAGUUGCUGCUGUAGCAAGACGUAUUAAACGUGAAGCACGUGAAAUGAGCAAAAUAAAUUAA